AUGGACAGGUCUAAGAACACAAUGAAGUAUCCAUGUGCUGAUUCAGACCCAUUGCCCAUAUCAACUCCCGAUGUCCGUGAUGCUGACCAAGAUCUCCUGUCUGACAAACUCAAGCCAUGUCCCAAUCAAGAGCUGUGGGACUGGGCUCCAAACCAGACCGAGACACACCCGUCCGCCCAACAAUCCAGGAAACGGGUCACGGUGAAUAGAGGCAAAGCUAAGAAGAUGUUCGGCUGGGGAGAUUUCCAGUGCAAAGUAAAGUCCACAAGCCUCGAUCUGCUCAUCACUGGGAAGAUCGUAGAUCAUGGCAAUGGGACAUUCAGCGUUUAUUUCCGAUACAACACCACAGGAGGUGGAAAUGUGUCCGUAGGGCUGGUUCCUCCAAGCAAAGAGGUGGAAUUUGAUGCAGUGGCCCAAACCAUUCUGCACUCGGUGGAGUCGAGGAUGUUUAACUGCAGGGUGGAGCAUGAGAGGGUGGAGAGAGGUACCAAAAGCACACGCUGCUGGUAUGACCCGUCUCAUAUCUGCGACCAGGAUCAGACUCACAGUCAUGUUUCUUGGCUCUGCUCAAAACCGUUCAAAGUCAUCUGUGUCUACAUAUACUUCUAUAGCUUGGACUACAAACUGGUGCAGAAAGUCUGUCCAGACUUUAAUUACCACAGCGAGUCUCCAUACUUACCUUUUGGAUGAUAAUUUUGUCUCAUAAUAAAAGACAAAUUAGUAUGUGUUUAUUCUAAGAUAACCGGGCAGGUUUCCAUUUUGAACUGGAAUAGGAAAAGUUCACUAAUCGGACAAUCUGUCAUGAUUUACUUAUCAGCUGAUUCUGAUUCAUAGUAAUAGUCUGUAGUAAUAAUCUGUUACCUUUUGAUUGUGGUUGGCAUGAGUGUUACACAAGGGACUUCUAGUUUGGAAGA